AUGGGUGCGGAAAGUUCAUUACCGAUGGAAAUGUGUAGCAAUUUCGAUGCAUAUGAGCUUCGAAGGCUUGCUCGCCGUUUCAAGAAAUUGGAUAUUGACGGCUCUGGAUCUUUAUCAGUAGAGGAGUUCAUGUCUCUACCCGAAUUGCAACAAAAUCCACUUGUACAAAGAGUAAUCGAUAUAUUUGAUGAAGACGGGAACGGGGAGGUGGAUUUUCGAGAGUUCAUACAAGGUAUAUCACAAUUCAGCGUUAAAGGAGACAAAAAUGUUAAGCUGAAAUUUGCUUUCCGCAUAUACGAUAUCGAUAGGGAUGGUUUUAUAUCGAAUGGAGAAUUGUUCCAGGUACUGAAAAUGAUGGUCGGCAAUAAUCUAAAAGAUUCACAACUGCAACAAAUCGUCGACAAGACGAUAUUAUUCCAUGAUAAGGAUGGCGACGGGAGAAUAUCAUUCCAGGAGUUCUGCGACGUACGUUUUUCUUUUGAACUUAAGGAUAAUACAGUUAUGCAUCCAUACCGUUAUGAAGAGCAUUGUUAA